CAGAAAUAUUCAUUGAAGAAGUAAGAUGACAGCUAAGGAAUCUUCACUGAAAAUGUUAGAGACAGAUGGUACAGCAGAGAAUGGAUCUGGUCAAGAAAAGCUCCAAGGAAAACGUUCAGGAAACACAUCUGCUAAGAGAACUUUCUGUUGCCUCCUUGUUACUGCUGCAUGCCUAGCUGUUGUGACUGUACUUCCCAUUGCUUUAGCAAGGAGAAAGUCAGAGCUGAUCUCAGAGUAUCCUGUGAAUGCUACUUGCCCCCAAACAUGGAUUGGAUUUGGAAAUAAGUGUUUUUAUUUUUCUGAAGAAACAAGAAAUUGGACAUUCAGCCAGAUCUUUUGUGCCUCUUUAGAAGCUCAUCUUGUUCAGUUUGAAACUGCAGAGGAACUGAAUUUUCUGAAAAGAUACAAAGGCCCUUCUGACCACUGGAUAGGCCUCAGAAGAGAAUCCUCACAUCACAUUUGGAAAUGGACAGACAACACUGAAUACCACGUCUGGUUUGUCAUCAAAGGAGGUGGGGAAUGCGCCUACCUGAAUGAUAAUGGAGUCAGUAGCGCCAGGGUCUACACAGACAGGAAAUGGAUUUGCAGCAAACCGAGUAAUGUCUGCAGAUGCCAAGUUACUUCCAGGUCUUUAUAGCUUAAAACUGGUGCAACCAGCCCCUUACCUGAAGUUCGCCACCCCUCAGGGAGACACGGAAGUGUAUGUACAGAAACGACUGGAUCAUUGAGGCCUCGUAGGAACAUCACAGCCAGACCUGCAUCAACAAGAGAA